AUACAAGCUUGUGAUUGGCGUAACGGUCUGGCCGAGCUGGGCGGCUCAUCAGCAAGGCCCAGCAACCUGAACUUCGCUUCGCUUCGCUCCUAAUGAUUGAAUAACACACUUCGAUUCGAAUGGCCGGGCGACAGAAAUAAGCACCUAAGAUACGCAUUAUUGUCUUAAAGCUUUUCUUGCAUGUUCACCUCUCCUGUCCUCAGACUGAGGCUGAAAAUGGCUGUCGGUUUCUGGGUCUUCCUCGCUCUGUUGCUGAUGGCGGUGGCGGCGGUGGUGGUGGUGAAGGCUGCGGCCAUCAGCGUGAAGAACGCGUCGCCGUCUCCUCUUGGCUGGAAGGAAGACGUGGUGGUCGGGGCGGGACACGUACUGGAACACUACCUGGCGGGGUGUCACGUUGUCAUCGCUGCUCCUCGCCUCUCACCUGCUCUUGCUUCGCUCCUCAGAGAAGUGUCGGCGGUGAGCGUGUCUGUUGCACUGGUGGACAUCACCCUGUGCAUGGAUCUGACACCGCGCAACGUGUGGAAAGAGGCGAGUAUGGACUACUGGCAGAGGCUGUGGGACAGCGGGAUGCAGGCCACGUGCAGGGUUCUCGUCAUGGACCACACCGCUGCGGACAUUGCACCAGCCGCAUCGUGAGUAAAUUAACGAAUAAGGUAUCAGUCUCUUGACGGAGGCUUUGUUUGCUCCCAGCUAGUCAUAAGUCCAGCACGUGACUAAGACUUUACUGAACAACACGAUAUUGUGGUGAAAAUUCACCCUUCCACAUUUUUAACUGUUAGCGGAAAAUAAAAUGCUUUAGUUUUAAUUUUCGUUUUCUACAUUCCAUUUCUGAGAGAAAGCGAAAACACUUCUUAAGAAUAUCAUAUCUCUUAAAUUGAGUCGCCUUUCAAUCUCUUAUUGCUUUGCAGACUCCUGACGUGCUCAGAUCUUUGGCAACAAGCAGACACGCGAGUACUGAUCAUGGGCAGGAGGGAAGACGUGGAGGUCCUGCUGAGGAACGAGGGUCUGCGCAACACCCGCCACGCCAUGUACCUCACGCCCCACGCUCCCACACAACAGCAGCAGUCUGGAGCAGGUAGUGUCAGUAGUGAGUAGCUGCACGCAAGAUGUUUUCACGACUGCCAAAAGUAAAAUUCCGUGUGGAUCAUUACCUAUGGCAGAUCUCAACUCCGCACACGCACACAUACUCGUACAUACACACACACACACACACGCACACACACCUAAGUAUACUCUUCCAUUCCAGCCAAGCGUGGUGUUAUAGACUUGUACACACGGUGUCUUUACUGUGACGCUGGUGGGUUCAAGCUGCAGCUGACGCAACGCUGGAAUUUGUCAGAUCUGCCACAGGAAUCAACGAUAU